AUGUUCACCUGCAAAAUUUGCACCGAGGAGAAGCCAACGAGCAGCUCCUUCCGUUUGCUCAUGUGCAAUCACUCUUACUGCUCAAAUUGCAUCGUCAGUUACGUGGUUAUCAAAUUGGAUUCGAGAGUAGCCGCCAUUAACUGCCCUGAAAUCGGCUGCGCCGGUGUUUUGAAGCCUCACCAUUGUCAGUCGAUUCUGCCAAAGCAAGUUUUCGACAGAUGGUGCGAUGCUCAGAGAAGGAUGUCCGAGCAGAUCCAGAGGUUUAAUGGAGAUGCGAGCUGUAACGACGAUGUAAAGCUUUUGAACCUCGCCAGGCUGAAGAAGUGGAUGAGGUGCCCUAAUUGCCGAUUCUUCGUCGAAAAAUCGGGAGGUUGUUUGUCCAUAAAAUGCAGGUGUGGAGAUACUUUUUGUUAUAACUGUGGAGCUUCAAUGGUGAUGGAUCACUACUGUACAUCUUGCAAGCAUUGA